UAUUCAAGCUAACAUGGGAAGUUUUUGUGUGUCAACAUUUCUUUUUUGUUUUGGAAGUGAUUUGGUUAGCUUUAUUGGGAUAACCAAACCAAGCUGAAGGUAACAAGACCAAUUUAAAUGUUACCGCCAUUCUAUAUAAGUGCAAUCGCACUGCGUGCAAUCGAUAACGUCGUUACCAAUAUCGAACCAAUCGAUAACCGGCGAUUGUCUAAUUAGAGUAAAAAAUUAAACACAAAAGAUUGUUUUUGAUGCGGAAUUAGCCAAACCGGGGCAAAACCAUAUCAUUUAAUUGCGAAAAUAGAGUGCGCAUUGGGCGAGCACAACAACAAUUGCGUGGCGUUGCGACACGUGUGCGAGCGAGAGGGCCGAUGCGGUAGUGGCCAAACCGAUUGCUCCGGAUCCAUUCGCAACUAAAAAAAAAAAAAAAGAACAGAAAACCCCCUUUUUGGAGGACACCGCGUGCUCCGUGCAACGAUGGCCAGCGAGCCGGAGAACAAGCCGCCCAUCCUGCACAUCCUGGUGGUGGGCUUCCACCACAAGCUGGGCUGCCAGGUGGAGUUCUCGCACCCGCCCCUCAUCUCGGGCUCCACGGGACGCCACGAGUGUCCCUCCGGCUGGAAGUACCUGCCCACUCUGGCGCUGCCAGAUGGCUCGCACAACUUUGCCGAGGACACCGUGUUCUUCAACCUGCCCAGCUUGUAUGAGCCGGCGGCGAGUAUUUACGGGGUGUCCUGCUAUCGCCAAAUACCCGUGGAGAAGCUGAAGAUCCGGACGGCGGACGUCACACGGAGCACGGUGCAGAAGUCCGUGUGCAUCCUGGCGCGCCUGCCCAUCUACGGGUAUAUUGAGGUCAAGCUGGCCCUCAUUGCCGACGCCUUCUUCGACCAGGGCGACUUCUCGUGCACGGAACUGCUGGUCAAGGCCUACCAGCAGCUGAAUGCCUGCCUCCAGGACGACGAGUCGCGCCGGCCAAUGCGCCACUUCCAUGUGGGCCUCUCGCUGCGCGAGAUAGUGCUGCACUGGCGCCACAAGUCGCUCAUGCUGUUCAAACUCCUGCUCCUGCAGCGACGAGUGGUGUGCUUCGGCUCGCCCGUGCGCCAAAUGUGCGUCCUGAUCCUGGGCAUGGCCUCGCUGGUUCCCCGCCUGCUGGAGAAGGGCUUCCAGGAGGUGGCCUGUGUGCGCACCUCGCGACCCCUGUCGCCCAUGCCCGACUUCACCGACUCGCUGCAGCGCGAGGCUCUGGCGGAGGCGGAGCCGGAACUGGAGGCUGUGCCUUCCGUGGGAGGAGGUGGAGAAGAAGCAGCAGCAGCUGGUAACGAAGAUGGUCAGCAAAAGCUCACGCCGGAGAGCGCCACCGCGACAGAGGGCGAGGCCGAGGAGCUAGCCCUCGUCUCGUCCGCAGCUUCUGCUGGCGAGGAGCAGACCAGCGGUGAUGACACCUCGCCGCGUUCCACACCCAACUCACAGUCGCAGGACUCCUCGAACGGCAGGAACAGCUCGCUGACCAGAGAGGCCAGCGUGGACACACUGGCGUCCAACCUCGCCGCCCUGUGCGCCGUGAACCCGGAUGAGUACCGGGCACCGGUCAGCAUCUUCGCCAGCGGCAAUCUCUGCCUGCCGUAUCUGUCGCUGCCGUACAUGGACCUGCUCAGCGAUCCCAUGGUGCUCUCCUAUGUCAUCGGCACCUCCAACGUGCUGUUCCAGCAGAAGCGUCAGCUGGCUGACGUCCUCGUGGACAUCGAGGCGGCCAAUCUGGAUGCCCACGAUCCGGAGGUGAGGCGCCAGCUAGUGCUGAGCACCGAGGACCUGCGCUACAUGGACUACAUCAUGAAGCACGUGCAAUCGCCCAAGGAGGAUGCCGAGGGCAGCGAGUACUGGAUCCGGGAGCAGUUCCAGGGCUACAUUCUGGCCCUCUUGCGCACUGCGGUGGCUCCAGAUGCCACGCCCAAGGACAACGAUCAUUUCAAUGCGCAUUUCAUGGGCGCCUUCAAGCGUACGCAAUGCUUCCAGGAGUGGUACGAUGUGAGGCCCGAGCCGGAGUUCUUCGAGGCCCUGCCCGCUGGACAUCCCUUUGCCGGAACAUUGUCCGUGGCGGACAUGAAACUAAAACUAGCACAAACCAUGCAAAACAGCGAGAGUGGACGGAAGAUCAACCAGGCGGUGAACACCACGAGCAGGGCGGUGGGCGGUGCCAUCUCGCAGGCCAAGGGCGCCUUCUCCAGCUGGUGGUCAUCCAUCACGACGGCGCCGGCCAAUGCGAACGCUGCACCCGCGAACGGCGCCAAUGGCCAGGAGGUCGUUGCGAGCGAAGGAGGAGCUGCCGUCCCAGAGAUCUGCAGCUCAGUAACAUUCCAAAACCACAAGGAUGCCGAGGACCUGGACAUGGCUGGAGUCAGCAUCCACCUGGCUGGCCAGGAAGAGGCACCUGAGUCGCACGAAUCGCACAGUGCGAGCUGUGAACAGUCGCAGGGCAUCGUGGAGAUCGGUCGCGAGGCGGAGCUGCUGGACAAAGCCGAUCAGCCCGGUAAGUCCAGUCAGCCCGGUAAGUCCAGUCAGUCCGGUCAGUUCGGUCAGCCGGAUCAGCCGGAGGAACCCAAGAUCUCGACCGUGGCCGCAACACAAGCCGGUCGGCCCGGCUGUGGCGGCGAUGUGGCCACCUCCGCCGUGGAGCGCAGCAGUGGCGAUGUCUUCAUUGUCUGAGGACGUCAACUGCAACAUCAGCACGAUCAGACAUUGUAUAAAAUCGAACUAAGCUUAAUGAUAAACGAUAAUUAUUUAUUAUGCAACAAAUUGUCUCAGUCUCAAUGUUGAAUUUAUAUCCACUACUUGUACUCUCUUUUUUUAGUACCUACUGUAUAUUCUGGAGCAGGUCGACUUGUACUCAAAAUCAUAGGGAUUAACGCCAUAUUUUUUUUCUUUCUAUCAUUGAGGCAUUCCCGGUUCCACAUAAAAUAGUGAAAUUAGUAUCUUAAAAGUCAAACUAUAAAGAGUUCAAAUGUAUUUUUCAGUUGUAUAUAUUUGUGAUAAGUUUUAAUUUAAAUCCUUUUCAAUAUAAAGUUGUGGUCAAAAGUGUUUACACAAGUCAAAUGAAAAAAAAAUGAAAAUGUCAGUCCAGCUCCGACUUACACCCAAUUGGCCAAAAGAUAAUAUUAUUUAAUAUUUAUAUAUAUGCCUACGCUUAAGUUAUCCUUGCCGUCUCCACCCACCACUCAGUGUAUAUGUGUAACCAUGUAAAGCUAAACCGUUCCAAGUGCAAUUUGUAAUCCAAAAACGACAGCGGUGUUCCGCAACAAAAGCGAAAUUCGUGUGGCAAUAAGCAACUUAAAGAAAUCUGAUAUUAUGGGACUCGGUCGGGAGUCGCCUUCUUUGUCCAGGGUCCGUUGUGUCCAACUCUACUUACCUAAUCCAAUUGUAAUCCAAAAUAAAUACAUUUCAAAAUGCAUUUAACGUA